UUUUGUCGCCCUCCCCUUUGCGUGCGCUGCACACACCGUUAGGCUGCGCUUCCUCCCGCCAUUUUGAGACAAUAGUGAGAAGGAGAAGGCGGAGGAAGGGGGUUGUCUCAUUAAGUGUGCUCCCCCUACCCCACAAUUCGGAGGGAGUAGGUAGGAAAUCCAGAGCUAGAGCAUCUCCAACAGAGGGUUGUCCAGUCUUGAACACCUCCAGCAAGAGACAGCUCCCCAGCCCUUUAGGCAAUUGGUUCCAUUAUCAAACUGCUCUUACCAUUAAGAAGUUUCUCCUAAUGGUCAAUUGAAACCUAUCUUCCUGUAACUGAGCCCAUUAGAUCUACUCCUGCCUUCUGGAACAGCAGAGAACAAGUCUUGCCCUUCAGCCUAGUUUUGUUUCUUAAAAUUUAAAAAUAAAUCAAAGGCUAAGCUGAAAGAUGGAACAGAAUAUCUCGGAGAAAAAACCAGCCAUCGCCCAGACUGCAGACUUCGAUGUAAUGGGUGCCUUAGACUGGAAAGACGGCAUUGCCACCUUGCCGGGUAGCAACAUACAAUUUCGUUUAACUGAGUUUGGGACAUUGGAAAUCAUUACUGAAGUUGAAGCAAAGGCUACAAAAGCUUUCUCCACAUCCUCAAUAAAUACCAGUUCAGCCCUUAACUUAUCUACUUCUUCUGUGUCCAACACCGUAACUGCCUGUGACUCUGAAGGGGGCAAAGGCAACAUUCCUAGAUCAGAACUCCAAACUUCUGAAAGUAACAGACACACUGAGGAAAUGGACUGCUUUGAGAAUUCCCACCAGGAACAUAAAGACAGUAGAGCCUCUAAGGACUCCGCAGCAGACUAUGGAAAACAGACAAAUAGCAGCCAGGUUUAUGAAACUGACAGACCUUCCAAGCGCCUACGAAAAAAGAGGAAGCUGCUUUUGGAUUCUGAAGAUGAGGAAGAAAAUGCAGAUAAUGAUGAGGAAAAGAAUAAAUUGAAUUUGAAAAACCGCAGAAGUGCUAAACCAGUAAAGCAAGUUACUCCUGGAAAGAAGCAUGUAUGGAACUGGAUCUCAUACUUAGAAGAAGAACAAAUGGCACCUGCUCCACUGAAAUUCUUCAAAGAGUCUCAGUCCUUUCCACAAAACAAAAACGGAUUUAAAGUUGGAAUGAAGCUAGAGGGCCUAGAUCCUGAACACCCAUCCUUAUUUUGUGUUCUUUCUGUUGCCGAGGUGCAAGGGUACAGAGUACGGUUACAUUUCGAUGGUUAUUCCGAGUUCUAUGACUUUUGGGUUAAUGCUGAUUCCCCAGACAUUCACCCUGUUGGAUGGUGUGAAAAAACAGGGCACAAGCUAUUUCCUCCAAAAGGUUACAAGGAAGGGGAAUUUAAUUGGGCUUCAUAUUUGAAGAACUGCAAAGCUCAAGUUGCCCCAAAAACUCUUUUCAAGGCCCUGAAUGCACCAGUCACACCUUCUGGUUUUCGAGUGGGAAUGAAGUUAGAGGCAGUAGACAAAAAGAACCCUUCCUUAAUGUGUGUAGCAACCAUUGCAGAUAUGUUGGAUAAUCGGCUGCUAGUUCAUUUUGACAACUGGAAUGAAAGUUACGAUUACUGGUGUGAUGCUAGUAGCCCAUAUAUUCGACCUGUUGGUUACUGCCAAGAAACUGGAACUCCCUUAACAACACCAGCUGAAUACAAAGAUUUCAAAAGCUUCUCAUGGGAGAAAUACUUGGAGGAAACUGGUUCUCAGGCAGCCCCAGCAAGAGCUUUUAAACUGCGUCCAGCUCAUGGAUUCCAGGCUAACAUGAAAUUAGAGGCUGUAGACAAGAGAAAUCCCAUGCUAAUUAGAGUGGCAACUAUAAUAGAUAAGGAUGACCAUCGUGUCAAGAUACACUUUGAUGGCUGGGACCAUAGUUUUGAUUUCUGGGUUGAUGCAGACAGUCCAGACAUUCACCCCAUGGGCUGGUGUGCAAAAUCUGGACAUGCCUUGCAACUCCCACCAGGGACUUCGGACCCAUCAGGGGCAGUAGGACAGGGAUGCCCUACUCCUGGUUGUCAGGGAUUGGGUCAUGUCAGGGGACCCAGAUAUGGAACGCAUUACACAUUAGUUGGCUGCCCAUAUUCCGAAAUCAAUCGCAACAGGGAAAGUUCCUUACAAGAUCGUCUUGGUGGAGAAAAACCUUCACCCAGUAUCAGUGUUCAGAAACCCAAGAAACCGGAGGCUUCUGCACGACUUACAGAUUUGCAGGAAGACUCUCCACAGUCCAGUAGAAAAUCAUCCACACAAGAUGGGGAGAGGUCAGGGCGAAGCAGUGUCCACAGUCUGUCUGGCCAGUCUGAAACCAGCCAAGAGAAGGACUCAGUAGAAGGGGAAUCGUCUGCUGUUACCAAAAUCAAAUCAAUGGGGAUUGGUUGCUCACAUAGCUAUAUACAGCUCCAGCUAGUGAAGCAGGAUGCAAAUGGAAGAGACACAGCAUUUGCUUUGCAGCAGGCCCUCCACCAGUCUGUCUUCAUGCCUUCUCUUUCCACAAACCCUACCCACCGCCUCCAUCUCUGCUGGGAGCAACACUGCAAGCUGCUGCCAGAGGUCUCUGGCCUUACCGCCAAGAAUGUGGCCAAAUGGAGUGUGGAAGAGGUGGCUGGCUUUGUCCAGCGUCUUCCAGGUUGCAAAGAUCAAGCUGCACUUUUCCGACAAGAGCAGAUUGAUGGUGAAGCCUUCCUUCUUCUGAACCAGUCAGACAUUGUUAAAAUUCUGAGUAUCAAACUGGGACCUGCACUUAAAAUAUACAAUGCGAUCCUCAUGUUCAAGACUGCAGAAGAAGACUGAAACAGCAUCUCCAAGACCAGGCUGAGCCAAAUGAUCAGAAGUGGGAAUGAUAUCCAAAGAACAGCUCAGCAGCAGAGAGCUUUUGUUACUAAAUACUGUUUGGGAACUUGGAAAGGCUGUGGCCUAAUUGCAUUUCAGACUGUGGAACCUGCUGAAAGGAUCCCAAAGAAGUAAAAUCCCUUCUGCCACUUGGAAUGGAUAUAGUGGCUUCCCUUCUAGGAAGAGAUUAUGUUUUUUUCUGAUUGAAUAUGGGUAUGGUUAUAUUGAUCUUUGUGAAGAUCUUGAUUAUGCCUCCGGUUAUAAGAGGAAUCCCGAGUAUUGCUAUUGGUGGGGAGCCAAACUCUAACUGACUAACCUGUUGAUAGUGCCUAAAAAAGAGUCCAAGCUCUCACCGGAGUACUUGACAGCUUCUGUGUGUGCAAAAUUUGGGAGUAGGCUUUGAGAGAACAAGGGAAGAGGGAGAUUUUUCAAAGCAAUGGUGUUGAAUUCUUCAUCAAACAUGUUUUUUUCCAAGCUAGUUUUAAAUCUUGUUCUUUCUUAUUGUCCAUCUAUUCCAGUAUGACAGUUAAUGUUUUUAUCUAGCAGCCUCUGACAGGGAAAGGGGAGUGGCAGGAAUGAGGUCCAUAUGAAGUCCAUCUCCAUGUAUGUUGAUUGUCAAACUAUUACACUUGUACUGCAAGCUGUGUAAUUGCAGAGUUUAAGAGGUGAAAUGAAAAUAGGUUUAAUAAAGGCUACUGGAGAUGGCUCCAACAGAACAGAAGUCAAUCACAUGGGAGAAGGGGUCCCCUAACUGAACUGUAGGAAAUUCUGUAAAGCCAUAAGAAAACUACUAGGCUAUGUUUUUAAAUGGUUCAGGUCAAGGAAGAUACAGGGAUGGUGUGGAGGCACAUACAGCUCUGCAGUUAUACUUUUUUUUUUCCUGGCAAGAAUUCUUGGAAAGAACAUGAAAUUUCCACUCAGAGGCAUUUUGUUUUGAAAGCACAGCUGGUUUAUUCACAGGUAUAUUCAGUGUGGAUAUCUUCUAAUGUUUAGCACAUAUGAGCCCAGUGUACAAGCCACUAAGAACUGCUGCCUUCCAUCUUCCUUUCAGUUUCAGUAGAACUUCUAUGGAAACAUUCCCAAGCCCUAUUGAAAUGGAGUCAACGCAGCAGUAGUACUUUAUGUCCCAAGCCUGCAGCCUUCAAAUUUUGUCUGUGGAGUGGACAUGAAGAAGUCAACAUGCCCUGUUGCUGAAGGAGAUUGGACAGAUUCAGCCCUGAAUUGCUGUUUUCUUAGUCUUUAGAACAAUAUCUGCAUUCUUUGCUGUGCAGUGGACCCUUCUGUGGGAGUUUUUGUUGAAAUGCACAGGGCCAUUUCAGUGGAUGGAGAAAUAAAUGGGGGGAUGCAAGGUGCCAAAAGAAUAUGAAAAGAGAGCAGUCCAUCAGAGAUCUUCAAUGGGGAAGACAGAUUCUGAAAAUAAACUCAGUUUGUCCGUGAAGAUGUUUUUAUGGCUGAAGCAGGUGUUGGCCAUAUUUCUCUAAGUAGCUACCCACAAGGUACAAUAACAUUGUAAUAUAGGCAAACAUUUCUACUUCUCCUCAUCUUCCCUCCUCAAAAUGCAGUAUAAUUUGGGAGGAAGACAUGCUCUCACAUCUUCCCUUCAGAUGUGAAGGAGCUUAUGAACUCUGUCACAUAAUCCUCCCCACCACAUGCUCACUGGAGUUGCCACCUGUUCACUGCCCUGGUAUUUGGCAAACAAUAGAGUUCCUUGGAUCAGUAUCUCAUCUUAAUCUAACCAAGCCUUUUAUUAAUUUAAUGUAAAGCCACUGGUAGGGUUGAUGUAUUUUUAAAUUCAAGGGAGUGACAGGGCACUUCUGGAUAUAUGGCCUAGCAAGAAUACUGCUCUAUUGUUAGUGUCUUACAUCAUUAGCAGGAAGAAUGUAAGCUGGCAUAGGAUGUACGUCUGUUGGUCAGUCGUGGAAUGUCUUCUUGUAAAAGAAAUCUUUUAACUUACCUUAUAAGCAAAUGUGUGACAUUACUGUGAAGAAUGAUGUUGAGCUUUCAGUUACAUCCACUUCACAUACAUCUAUCUACUUUUAAUCUCCCAAGUUUUCAAGAGUUUCUGUAACCUUCCUGAAGUCAAGAUGACAUAAGACUUGUAAACAGUGCACAAUCCAGGCUGCUGAGUCUGAACAGUGUUGAAUAAAUCUGCAGAAGCAAUACGUCCCAUAGCUGUCUAUUUUUGUAUAAAAAGUUAAGGAGUUUUAAGCCUUCUACACAGAAGAACCAUCACUGAAGAAGUGUAAUAGAGAGAAUCUCUAUUGGUACUUGAGGCUACGUCUCUCGAGACAACAGAAGACAGGAUGCCACAUAGACUAUUGCAGAAAAAUAGAUAUUCCAUAAAGCUUUAUGGUGUCGUGUAACAUAAGUAUUUUGAAAUAUAUAUUUCUAAUUUGAUAAGUAAGUUUAUUUGCCAAAGGACAUACUCAUCGUUAGUUUUCUCUGGCAGGUGAGAAGAAACAAUGGGUAUUUUUUGUAGGACAAAAUGUUUUAACAAUGAAGGUCACAUAUAUGCAAAUUACAACUGCAAGUAGCACAUUCAUGCAGUAAAACAGUUCAGGAUUUCUGUUCAUUGCAAAAUAACUUUUGAGGCAAGCACUCAGGCUGAUUGGCAAGCAAGAAAUGUAGAAGCAGCCUCCAGGGGGUGGGGUGUUCUCUAGUUCUUGAACUAACUCUCAAGACAACUUGACACAUUAU